GUGGCAACAAGCGCUAGGCAAGAGCAUAAUGUUGGUCCAUCCCGCUCUCCAGUCUUGCUUCUCGCCGCACAUCGCUGAGGUUCACUGCUGGUGUGGCAGAUAAUUGCCAUUUUUGACAAACUUUAGUGCGAAUAGGAGAAAACUGAAACCAACAUUCACAGAAAGAAUUGCAAUUGCAAUAACGAGUAAUGCAAUAACCAACGUCUAGCAAUAUUAAGACUGCUCUUGCGAAUUCCUCAUAAGUUCUCGCGUUAACAUAGUUCGACCUCGAAUAAUUCUACGAGUUUUUCGAUUUGACAAGAAUAGCAUUCCAUUCCAGAUCUCUAAUCAUUUGCAGAUUCUGAAAAUUCUCAAUCAUUUGCAGUGUAGAAUUUUUGAAAAGACGUGAGAAUGGGAACCGUGAUGUAAAUUAUAGACAAUUAUCGGUCAUUCAUAAACUUUUGCCUGUCCAGUGUCCAGUACAAAAUUCACUAUGGAAAUGACGUUGAGAGCUGACGGACUAACAACAAAGCCACCGAGCGGUUCUUCGAGCGGGCCUCCGUCACUGGGAGCCACGAUGUCCACCACGGCAGCGUCAAGGCGUCGCCGCACAUACGGCUCCAUCUCUAUCUCCUCUCUCGAGCUUACGGACGACGAGCAUGACUUAUCCAUUCCUGAGAAAGUGGCAGCGGCGUCAUCAGCAAAAACUCCACCCGAAGACCCCGAGCCGCUGACUUCGGAUUUCAGUACGUUCAUCAACCUAUUCAAAAGCUACCUGGGUGUCGGCUACCUAUCUCUUCCUCACGCCUUCCAGUACGCCGGCCUAUGGUUUGGAUCUGCCGUAUUCCCCAUCAUCGUCAUCGCUACCGUCCACUGCUUGCACCUGCUUUUGCAAAGCAGUCGUGAGUUGAGUCGGCGUCACAAAUUAGGUACUCUGAACUACGAAGAAACUGCUCAGGUGGCAUUCCUUGGGAGCACUCCGGUAGCGCAGAAGAUGGCCUCCUCGUUUAGUUUCACCGUAAGAUUCUUUUUGGUAACGAUGCAACUCGGGUUAUGUUGCGCAUUCUACCAAUUCGUCGUUUCUAACCUAUUUCAGUUCGUAGAGUGCCAGAUGGGAGGAACACGCGUCACGUAUCUUGGAUACAGCGCUAUUGUCAUAUUACCGAUGCUGGUCGUUUCCUUCAUAAAGGACUUGAAGACAAUAUCAUACAUUUCCCUAGUGUCAGCCAUCACUCAGCUUAUCAGUAUAGGAGUGAUACUGUACUACUGCACUGCACCUGACAUCAGCAGCAGCAAAUAUUCCAGUCUACCCGCGAUCGGGAAAUGGGAUGAAAUUCCAUUAUUUUUUGGCAUCACUUUCUUCUCUUUCGAAGGCAUCGGUUUGGUAAUUUUGCUCGAGAAUAAAAUGAAAAACCCGGAAAAUUUGGGCGGUGCCACUGGCAUCCUGAACAUUGGCAUGUCUUUGAUUGCCAUCGUAUUUUUUGCGCUCGCCUUCUACGGAUACUUGGCGUUUGGAGCCAAGACAGCCGGCAGCAUCACGCUCAACCUCCCCAUGUCCAGCGGACUAGCGCGGAUGGUUAUUUUUUGCUUGACAUUCGCUGUGCUGCUGAGCUUCCCCCUGCAACUUUACGUGCCCGUACACGUGCUCUUACCCUUCGUCAUCACCGACUUGGACUCAGAGAGAAGCGUUGCCUUCAAAGAGUGUUUCAUCCGCGUCGUGCUCGUCUUCUCCAUAUUUUCUUUAUGCGCCGGCAUCCCGAACAUCUCGAUCUUCAUCUCCUUCGUGGGCGCCGUCAGCAGCUCGGCGCUGUCCUUCGUAUUCCCACCCCUGAUCCACAUCCUCACUUUCACCCCUGCCAAAAACUGGAGAGGCAAACUCGUCAUCUUAAAAGCGGUGCUGAUCAUGACUUUGGGCGUGAUGGGCUUCGCCACAGGGACCUACACGUCCCUCACCAGGAUCGUCGCUAUCAUCCACGGACCGGAGACCUGGGGGACUCUGGACUGCGGCGGCCACACCGUCCCUUCCAAACACCCGUCGCUGUCACCUCCCAUCGUCUGACCUCUAAUUCAUAUAAUAUAUCUGACCUAUGUAUUAUGUAUUAUUAAGAAAAUGUGUAUUUUAUCAUGGGCAUUUAUACAG